AUGUCACAAGUUCCUGACUACGUAAUUCUACUCCGGACUGUGACUCCGGCUAGUGCUGACGAGGGUUAUGCAAAAGUCCGGACACUAGAAAUUGGCAACCCUGAGCUCGAUGCAGCUAAAGUCUCCCUUGGAGUGCUUGGAGUUAUUUUACAGGUGAUUUUGAAAUUGCAACCACUGUUCAAACGCUGUAUUAUGUACGUAACAAAGAACGAUUCGGACUUUGGGGAUGUAGCAGUCAGCUUAGGGAGGCAUCACGAAUUUGCAGACUUUGUGUGGUAUCCGAGUCGAAAAUGGGUUGUUUACCGGAUUGACGAUCGGGUUCCCUCCAACAUCUCUGAAAAUGGUCUCCUUGAUUUUCAAGGUUUUCGCCUUAUUGCUUCUGUAGUUCUAUCAAGUUUAAGAACUACAGGUGUGUAA